CUUCAGUUCCUGGUGUUAUACAGUGUGUGUGAUGGUCAGAAUUCAUAAAGGAUAUAAUAUUAUAAUAACUGAGCUCAGACCCGCGUGUUCAGAAUUAAACCCGUCCCAGUGUGAAUCCUCGCCCUCGAAGAAAUCGCCGAAUCUGCCGCCGACUCUGGAGGAAUGUUAGCGGGCGCUCCUGCUGAUGCUGCAGUGCACUGACGGCAUGGGGCUGGACUUUGACGUGAAGACAUUCUGCCAUAACCUGCGGGCCACCAAACCGCCGUACGAGUGCCCGGUGGAGAGCUGCCGCAAGGUGUACAAGAGCUACAGCGGCAUCGAGUACCACCUGUACCACUACGACCACGAGAACCCACCGCCGCCACCGCAGGGAACACCGCAGAAGAAGCGCAAGGGCCGGCCGCCACGCGGAUCCAGCGAUGGCCCCGACUCCAGCACAGGCCCCGGGGCCACCAGCGGGCAGAACACUGCUCCGAGCAGCCCUGCUGAACGCUCUGAGCACUCGCACUCGCCCGUUAGGGAGACCAUGACCUACGCAGAGGCACAGCGUAUGGUGGAGAUGGAGAUCCGUGGCCGUGUGCACCGCGUCAGCAUCUUCCAGAGUCUGGAUGUGGUCUCUGAGGAGGACAGCGGGGCUGAGGAGCCACCGGGGGCCACGGGGAGCGCAGCCGCAUCCUGUAACGGAGGCGGCGAGAGUGGAGGGGGAGACAGAAUGGACACUUCCUCAGCAAACGGGGAGAAAGGAGCACAGAAAACAGGGAAGCACAAGAGUAAGGAGAAGAAGAAGGACAGCGGAGCGCAUCAUCACAUCAACACCUCAGGACCCGCCGUCAAACUGCCCGAGGUGGUGUUCCGAGAGCUGGAUCAGGACAGACCCGACGCACCGCCCAGACCCAUGAGCUACUACAGGUACAUCGAUAAAUCUGCGGAGGAGCUGGACGAGGAGGUGGAGUACGAUAUCGAUGAGGAGGACUACAUCUGGCUGGACAUCAUGAACGAGAAGCGGCGGUCUGACGGCGUGGCCCCCAUCCCGCAGGAGGUGUUCGAGUAUCUGAUGGACCGUCUGGAGAAAGAGUCCUACUUCGAGAGCCACAAUAAGGGUGACCCGAGUGCCCUGAUUGACGAGGAUGCGGUCUGCUGCAUCUGUAAUGACGGCGAGUGUCAGAACAGUAACGUGAUCCUGUUCUGCGACAUGUGUAACCUGGCGGUGCACCAGGAGUGUUACGGCGUGCCCUACAUCCCCGAGGGCCAGUGGCUGUGCCGCCGCUGCCUGCAGUCGCCCUCCAGAGCUGUAGACUGCGCACUGUGCCCUAACAAGGGUGGAGCCUUCAAGCAGACCGACGACUCGCGCUGGGCACAUGUGGUGUGUGCGCUCUGGAUACCGGAGGUGUGUUUUGCGAAUACGGUGUUCCUGGAGCCGAUCGACAGCAUCGAGCACAUCCCGCCGGCACGCUGGAAGCUGACCUGCUACAUCUGUAAGCAGCGCGGCUCUGGCGCCUGCAUCCAGUGCCAUAAGGCUAACUGCUACACCGCCUUCCACGUCACCUGCGCGCAGCAGGCCGGCCUCUACAUGAAGAUGGAGCCGGUGCGGGAGACCGGAGCCAACGGCACCUCCUUCAGCGUACGCAAGACCGCCUACUGCGACAUACACACACCGCCCGGCUCCGCGCGCCCGCUCGGGGGAGUGGGCGGAGUCAGUGCUGACUCUUCCCACAGCGAGGCGGAGCCAGAGGAGGAGGAGGAGCCGCCUGCUGCUGAGGAUGAUGGGAAGGGCUGGAGCUCAGAGCGGGCGAAGAGAGCGAAGGCAAAGUCACGGCUGAAGAUGAAGAGAGCCAGAAAGAUCCUGGCGGAGCGCAGAGCGGCCGCACCCGUGCUGUCUGUGCCCUGCAUACCGCCACACAAGUUGAGUAAUAUCACCAGUAACCUGACGGUGCAGAGGAAGAGUCAGUUCAUGCAGAGACUCCACAGCUACUGGACCCUGAAGAGGCAGAGCCGUAAUGGCGUCCCGCUGCUGAGACGGCUUCAGACGCACCUGCAGUCGCAGCGCAACACAGAGCCACUGCCCGUCACGAGGGACGGUGAGGAGAAACACUCGGUGCUGAAGGAGCAGCUGAAGGCAUGGCAGCGUCUCCGUCAUGAUCUGGAGAGAGCCAGACUGCUGGUGGAGCUGAUCCGCAAGAGGGAGAAGCUGAAGAGGGAGACGAUUAAGGUGCAGGAGAUGGCGCUGGAGAUGCAGCUCACUCCUCUGCUGGUGUUGCUGCGCAGAACACUGGAGCAGCUGCAGGAGAGAGACACCAACAACUUCUUCACUGAGCCUGUACCUCUGAGCGAGGUCCCGGACUAUCUGGACCACAUCGAGCGGCCGAUGGACUUCCAUAAGAUGUGGAAGUGUGUGGAGUCGCACCGCUACCUGAGCUUCGAGGCCUUCGAGGGCGAUUUCCUGCAGAUCGUCAACAACUGCCUGAAGUACAACGCUAAAGACACGGUGUUCUACCGCGCGGCGCUGCGGCUGCGGGAGGCGGGAGGAGUGGUGCUGCGGCAGGCGCGCAGGCAGGCCGAACGCAUCGGCUUCGACUACGAGACGGGACUGCAUCUGCACCGAGAGCCCAGUCCUGAGAACACACACACACACCAGCGCGAGCGGGAGCGCGUCUAUAUAGAGGACGAGCUGCUGUCGGAGAGCUGGCGGCGCCUCCCUGUGGACGAGCAGCUCCAGAUCCUGCAGAACCGCUACGAGGAGGCAGCGUCCGGGAAACACAGCAUCGGCCAGCAGCGCAGAGCCAAAGCGCUGAAGAAGGAGAUGACGGCGCUGCGGAGGAAGCUGGCGCACCCACGGGACACACUCCUGCUGGACACACACACUCACACACAUGAGGCCGGACUGCUGGAGCGCAGAGACACCAUACAUCACAGUGCUGGAGGAGCCCGACACGAGGAGGGAGAGGGCAGCGGCCACCAGAUCAAAGAUCUGAGCUCCUCUUCUUCAGCUCUGGCUCCUGAAGUGGGCCGCCGCACCUCUGUCCUGUUCUCUAAGAAGAAUCCUAAAGUCUCCGGACCCCCAAAACGUCCUGGCCGGCCCCCGAAGAACCGUGAUGUGCUGCAUGGGCCCGGGGUGUUGAGCUCCAGCCCCAUCGGGCCUCCGCAGCUGCCCUCUCUCACAGCCUCACGCAAGAGAACACACAGCCCCCAGUCCAGCUCCAGCUCCGAGUCCGACAGCGAACAUGAACACCUCAUCCUGGAUCUGCACAGUAAUGGUUUUGGUGGAAGCGGUCAGCCGAAGACGGAGAGUUUUCUGGUGUACAGGAAUGAACGCAGCCUGCCGAGAUCCAGCUCCGACUCUGAGUCCACCAGCAGCAGCAGCAGCAGUGCCGCGUCUGACAGGACCAGCACAACUCCGUCUAAACAGGGCCGAGGGAAAACCUCAUUCUCCCGCUCCGCUUUCCAGGAGGACAGCAGUGAGGAGACGUCCGGCACUGAGAACGACUCGUACUCUAUAGGAGGAUCCAGAGGAGUGUCUCACUUGGUGCGGAGCAGAGGGCGCUCUGGAUGCUGGAUGAGCUCAGAUGAUUACAGCUCUCUGGACGCUCUGGAUCUGGUGUGGGCGAAAUGCAGAGGAUACCCAUCAUACCCUGCUCUGAUCAUCGACCCUAAGAUGCCGCGUGAGGGAGUGUUUCACCGCGGUGUGCCGAUCCCCGUCCCGCCUCUGGAGGUGCUGAAGCUGGGAGAGCAGAUGACCCAGGAGGCUCGAGAACACCUGUUCCUGGUGCUGUUCUUCGACAACAAGAGGACCUGGCAGUGGCUGCCGCGCUCUAAGCUGGUUCCUCUGGGUGUGAAUCAGGAUCUGGAUAAGGAGAAGAUGCUGGAGGGCAGGAAGUCCAACAUCAGGAAGUCUGUGCAGGUGGCGUACCACAGGGCCAUGCAGCACCGCAACAAGGUGCAGGGAGACCCCAGCAGCGACACCAGCGACACCGACUGACACACACACACACUCUCCUCUCUCCUCCGGUGCUAAAGAGCUUCAGCCUGACGUCACGUCUGUACGUCUCUUUGUGUGUGUGUGUGUGUGUGUGUGUGUGUGUGCACGUAGAUCUCUCACAGACACACACCACACAUACAUACAUACACAAUCUCUCUCUCUCACACACACACACACACACUCGUUUUCUUCACACUACAGUCAGAACUCAACAGUUCCUCAACACACUCGAGCAUAAUCAGGGCUGACCACAGAAGAACUUUGAGAUUGUGUGAAACCACAAGCCCAGACUGAGCCUCGUGUGUGUGUGUGUGUGUGUGUGUGUGUGUGUGUGUGUGUGUGUGUGUGUGUGUGUGUUUGUGUGUGUUUGUGAAAAC